AUGCACAUACACACACAGAAAUACACAGACAUGUACACAUACACACAGACACAUGUAGGUACAUACACACACAAACAUGUACAUGCACACAGACACACAGACAUGUACAUGCAUACACAGACACACACACCCCUAUAAAAAGUUGCAGUACUUCAUUGCUCACUCACAGAGCCGGGUACUGCACUCUAGGGGGAGGCAGAGAGCACAGCACACACUCCUUCCUUUGCUUUCACUGCGCUCAGCUAUUGAGCAGUCUGACGGCUCCCAGUGCCAAUGACAGAUCCGGCCUGAGCUCCGAGC